AUGCCUCUUUUGCAUGUCAACCAUGUAGUAUUGAUCAACAUUUCUGUAAAACGACUGGACCCACAAUUUGAGAUUGAUUGGGUUGAUCCUGGCUGGUCUACUUGUUUCCAACUUCCAUUGACUGUUGCUGUUUUGCAGAAGAUGGUUGAUCGCAAGGCUGUGAUUAAGAAUGCCGACAUGUCUGAGGACAUGCAACAAGAUGCAAUCGACUGUGCAACGCAAGCGCUUGAGAAGUACAACAUCGAAAAAGACAUUGCCGCAUACAUCAAGAAAGAGUUCGAUAAGAAAUACAACCCCACGUGGCAUUGCAUUGUAGGAAGGAACUUCGGCUCAUAUGUGACCCAUGAGACGAAGCACUUUAUUUACUUCUACUUGGGUCAAGUGGCCAUUCUUCUAUUCAAGUCAGGAUAA